GAGAAGAAUUAGAAUAUGAAUUUGAUGAGCAGGGACAUAGCACCUGGCUCUGCAGGGUGAGAUUACCUGUGGAUGAUUCAACUGGAAAACAGCUGGUGGCUGAGGCCAUUCACUUAGGGAAGAAAAAAGAAGCAAUGAUCCAGUGCUCACUGGAAGCUUGUCGAAUCCUUGAUACUUUGGGAUUGCUGCGGCAGGAGGCAGUAUCUCGGAAAAGGAAAGCAAAGAACUGGGAAGAUGAAGACUUUUAUGACAGUGAUGAUGACACAUUUCUUGAUCGGACUGGCCUGGUUGAGAAGAAACGGCUGAACCGAAUGAAGAAGGCUGGGAAGAUUGAUGAGAAGCCAGAGACCUUUGAAUCCUUGGUUGCAAAGCUGAAUGAUGCUGAAAGGGAACUCUCUGACAUUUCUGAGAGACUGAAAGCCUCAAGCAAAGCUCUAUCUGAGUCAGCAUCUCAGGACUCUUUAGAUGCAUUUAUGUCGGAAAUGAAAUCAGGGAGUGCAUUAGAUGGUGUGUCCCGGAAGAAACUUCAUCUGAGAACUUUUGAACUGAGGAAAGAACAACAGAGACUUAAAGGGUUGAUAAAAAUUGUAAAGCCAGCAGAGAUUCCAGAACUAAAAAA